UUCAAAUCUCCUUCCCUCGAGUUCAGAGAUCAGAAGCUCAACCAAGAGAAAAACCCUAGCCUCCACCACCGCCGCAAGGAGCACUCGUGUUUGCCACCGUCUUCCGCAGUCAGGGCUUGUCUCUUUGAGUCUUCGUCCGCCGCAUUGAACUACUGUUGAACUGGUUGAACUUCUAAACCGAUGAACUAGUAGCUCGAGCGGUUUGAUGACCGGUUCAGUUUUCAGAACCUUGAUUGUACUUGGGAGUUGUGACUGUCACGGUUUCAGAGUCUUUUUCACUGUUUCUCUGACGCCACCGCUAACCACUCAGAACCGCCGCCAAAACAACCAUGCUCUCCAUUGCAACUCUCAACCCUUCAACCCCAUUCAAUCACUCCCCAGGUUGCACUGUCCGCCGUAUCCUCAACCGUCACUCUCUCCUCCCAUCCACAUUCUCACUACCAUCCAAAUCGAAUCCCUAUUGCCCUUCCUCCACCUACAGACCCCUCUGCGUGCGCGCCAUUGACGCCGCUCAGCUCUUCGACUACGAGUCAAAGCUCGCCAAGGAGUUCACUAUCUCCCAGCGCCUCAAGGUCGCAAUUGUCGGCUUCGGCAACUUUGGCCAGUUCCUUGCCGUCACAUUAGUCCGCCAGGGCCACACCGUCCUCGCCCACUCCCGCUCCGACCACUCCGCCGCAGCCAGAAAGCUUGGAGUAUCGUUCUUCCAAAACCCUGACGAUCUAUGCGAGGAGCAUCCCGAAGUGAUCCUCCUCUGCUCCUCCAUAAUCUCAACGGAGCGCGUGCUCCUCACGCUCCCUCUCCAGCGCCUCAAGCGCAGCACUCUCUUCGUUGACGUCCUCUCCGUCAAAGAAUUCCCCAAGAAGCUCCUCCUUGAGCUCCUCCCCUUCGAUUUCGACAUCCUCUGCACUCACCCGAUGUUCGGACCCGAGUCCGCACCCGACGGAUGGACCGGCCUCCCAUUCGUCUUCGAGAAGGUUCGUAUCCUCGACGAGAAGCACCGUGUUUCUCGCUGUGAGAAGUUCCUCAAUGCGUUUUCCAGAGAAGGUUGCAGGAUGGUGGAGAUGAGUUGCGAGGAUCACGACCGUUACGCUGCCGGUUCGCAAUUCAUUACUCAUACCGUUGGAAGGAUUCUUGAAGGGUUGAUGCUGGAGUCGACGCCGAUUAAUACGAAAGGGUACGAGAGUUUGUUGGGGUUGGUGGAGAACACUGCUGGGGAUAGCUUUGAUUUGUAUUAUGGUUUGUUCAUGUUUAAUAAGAAUUCUUUGGAGGUGCUGGAGAAGCUUGAUUUGGCGUUUGAGGAUCUCAGGAAGCAGCUCAUUGCGCGGUUGCAUCACGUGGUUAGGAAUCAGUUGAUGGAGGACGGUGAAAGGUUGCAGCAGCUGGAUGGAAGUAACAGCCAUGCACUGCUCCGGCAAGCUGGUAAUGGAUCUGCAUUGCUGCAUUCCAGAUCCAAUGAUGAUGCUCUGCUACGUAGUUCCAUUUCAAACAAUUCUAGCCUGUCUGAUGAGAACACAAAGCUCAAGAUUGCAAUUGUUGGUUUUGGAAACUUUGGUCAGUUCCUUGCAAAAACUAUAGUUAGUCAAGGUCAUGAGGUUUUGGCGUAUUCUAGAUCAGACUAUUCUGAUGUGGCUCGGCAGUUGGGGGUUUCAUAUUUCAGCAACGCAGAUGAUCUUUGUGAGCAACAUCCAGAAGUGAUCUUACUCUGCACUUCCAUCCUUUCGACGGUUAAAGUUCUUAAAUCAUUACCUUUCCAAAGGUUGAAGAGAAGUACAUUGUUUGUUGAUGUACUAUCCGUCAAAGAGUUCCCUAGAAACCUCUUCCUUCAACACUUGCCUCCUGAUUUUGAUGUUCUCUGCACACAUCCCAUGUUUGGGCCGGAGAGUGGAAAGAAUGGCUGGAAAAACCUUCCUCUUGUUUAUGACAAAGUUAGAAUUGGGAACGAAGAAUCAAGAAUAUUGCGAUGUUGUCAGUUUCUCGACAUUUUUGCCAGUGAAGGAUGCCGGAUGGUUGAAAUGUCUUGUGCUGAACAUGAUUGGCAUGCAGCUGGAUCCCAGUUUGUUACACACACAACAGGAAGAUUUUUAGAAAAAUUGGGGUUAGAGACAACACCAAUAAACACAAAGGGUUAUGAAACUUUGUUGAGUUUGGUGGAAAAUACCGUGGAGGAUAGUUUUGAUCUGUACUAUGGUUUAUUCUUGUAUAAUUUAAAUGCCAUGGAGCAACUAGAAAGAUUCGAUUUGGCUUUUGAAUCAUUGAAGAAGCAGCUUUUCGGACGAUUGCAUAGUAUCUACCGAAAGCAACUAUUUGAAAAUGAAGAACAGAUCCUUGCUUUGCCAGAGAGGUCUACGCUGCAAGAGAAAUCUGAAGACAGUGAUGUAUCAUCACCUCUUUCAAAAACUGUAGACACCAAAUGAAUUUAUCCCAAAGAUUUCCAUCUCAUUGGUAUAUUUCAGGGCUAAGGUUAUCUUUGGAUUGAAUGCUCUUGCUGGAAGAACCAUACAAUCUGGUUCUGCAGUUGGACCAUGGAACUUCUCCAAUGCUGAAUCUUUUAUCCGUUACACUGUAAGAAAGAAUUACAGCAUUGCUGGUUGGGAAUGUGGUAAGUGUAUGCUCCCUCAUUACAUAUAUGCCAAAGUAGUAAGCAUCAGUGUAAUUGAUUCAAUAAGACUAAAAUUAAAAAUGGUGAUUUUAAGACUCAUUAUUUUUGUCACAUAGCAGGAUUUCACAUUGAGUUUCUAACACAAACAUUGCAAGUCUUUGUACUCAUUUUUAUUUUAUAUAUCUAAACAACACAUCUUUUCACCAUUGGAUAGAAUGUGUGAUCUGCAUAUGAUAAGUCUACACCCUCAACCAAUGGUAGAAAGGUAUGUGUGAGUUUGUAUAUUGAGCACACAAUAUUUUUCUGAAGAGAAUGAUACUUGAAAGCUAAAAUGAAAUAGUCCACAAUAAUGUGCUGCUCAUCCUUCAACUAUGAAAUUUAAUAUUUGGUACCUAUAGAUAAUCUGGAUUUGGCACAAAAGUAGUAGUGUUUAGUAAACCAUAGUUUCCUCCAACCAAACUCUGUCUGCAGUAUGUUCUGGUGUCAUAAACAGCUGACAUUCCCAGCUGAUCAAAAUACCUGUGUUAUGAUGUAUUAACAUUAGAGCAACUGCUUGUAGAAUCUCCAAUGACAAAAUAAAAAAAAAAGAAAAGAAAAAAAAAUCAAGGUGAGUUAGUUAAACUAACCAAAAGCUGUAGACAAAUGCAUCAGACACAAGAUGGUGGCCACUGUUGUAAGCCCCUCCUGCCUCACCAACCCAUGCUUUUGCUUUGGUUGCUGAUUUUUGAAGUACGUUUUUGAGGCCACUGAAUGUGCUUGCCACUCAUCAAGAUAUGAUGGAUCAAGAAUUUUUUCAAUUAGGUGCUCAUCAACUCCUGUAUGUAAGAUAAAGUAGUAGCUUUUGUUAUAACCAAAAUUCAUAAACAUUGGUAAAAUAUUAUUUGUAUUCCUAUUUGGUGGAUGAUACCUGGUCCAAGGUUAUAUAUGUGUGAUGAGAUACCACAUUAACAGAUUUACCAGAUUUGUUUACAAAUUCCUGGAACCAAUUUGCAUCAUAGAAGCCACCUGGAGCAAUGACCAGUGGCUUAUGCCUAAUCCCUCUAUAUACAUCAUGAAUUAUGUUUCUUAAAGCAGCAAUAUCAGAAGCAUAUUGUUAUGCAGAAACACUAGUUCCAACGCUACUCCGGCACAAUUCAUUGCCUGCACAAGCAAGAAGGAAUUCAUUUAUACAAUUAAUUCUAUCCGGGGAGACAUGCUAUUUUUAAUUUUGCAAAAAGUACUUGAAAGACUUGCAAUGUUUGUGUUAGAAACUCAAUGUGAAAUCCUGCUAUGUGACAAAAGAUCAUUUUUAAUUUUAGUCUUAUUGAAUCAA